AGAAGCAGCAGCAGCAGCAGGAGGAGGAGAAGAAGAAGAAGAAGAAGAAGAAGAAGAAGUUGCCAGCAUGGCGUUUACUCUCUACUCCCUCAUCCAGACCGCUAUUCUGUGCACUAAUGCAGUCGCUGUGCUGCAUGAAGAGCGGUUCCUCAGCAAGAUCGGCUGGGGGGUCGACCAGGGAGUUGGAGGUUUCGGGGACGAUCCAGGAGUCAAAGCUCAGGUCCUCAACCUGAUCCGCUCAGUCCGGACCGUCAUGAGAGUGCCUUUAAUAAUACUGAAUUCUGCCUGCAUCGUGCUGCUGCUGCUGUUCGGUUGACGGUCGGCGCAUCGAGGACUGAACACGUGACCACAUGAUCUCAUUCUGAACGGUUUGUCAUUUAGAGACUUCUGCCAUCGUUGGUAUGGACUUCCUGUCACCGGCGCCAAAAGGACAAAACUCAUUAACUCACUUGAAGGUUUGACGCCACUCGGCCACAGGACGACUACAUCCAGAACUUUGGUUUUGCACAGAGAGUGUUUGUUCUCACUUCUAUCGUGUUGUUGUGGACACACUGAGACGUUUGAUGAUUGAAUGAUUUGUGUUUUGUAAAAAGUUCAGCAGUGGAGAGUUGACGGAGGACUCACAGGUCAUGUUUGGAGAUUUUAAACAAUGCGGGUGCAAAAAUUAUAAGAAGCUUUAAUCCUGUGAGUGUAACAGAUUUAAACUUGUGUAACAUGUCGAUGGACACAGAGGGGGAUGAUAUUAGUUCAUCAAGUUAAAGUAAAGGUUUUAUUAUUUCCAGUGGGCCUGCAGGGCUUUUAGGGCGUCAUGCUGGAUUAGUAUCCUCAUGAACUUUGUGACAAUGAGCAAUUCACAAAAAACUAAAAUGAACAACCUCCUUAUUGAUGAGUAAAAUGCUCUGUGACGUAUCCUCUGUGCCAAUUACAUUAAAUGUACAUUUUAAGCAUUAUUACCAAACCGAUGUUCUUUGUACUGUUUACACGUUAACACCUCUCAGCCGUCGAGGUGGUUUGUUGUCUGAAAUAAACGUCUUAUUCAGUUUCAU